UCCCGCAGGAAGGGGCGGAGCGCGGAGCCGCCGUUGGGGCCGCACGAUGAGCGGAACCGGGGAAACGCUGCAGGGCUACAACGCUGCGCUGCUGGAGGGGCUGGCCGAGCUCCGAGCACGGCGGGAUGAGCUGAGCGAGAGGAUCCGGGAGGAGGAGGCGGAGAGAGAACGGCUGCAGAGCCGCAUCGCGGCGCUCACAGAGCGCUUGGCCCGAAGCUCCGAGCGAACGGCGCGGAACCUGGCUGCAAAACGGCAGCUGGAAAACAGCAUCGCUGAGAGCGAGGCGGCUUAUGGCAAGGGCAGAGAAAUGGCUCAAGGUUUUUGUGAUUCAGAAUAUGGGCAUAACCAGAGAAAUUCCUGCCCAGCCAUCCCUGCAGUGAGACAAGACACCUCAACUCCCAGUGCUGUAUUGCUCAGAGGGUGGAGGAUCCCUCCUGCUGCAGGAUUCUGGAGAGUUCUCAGACAUUGCUAGAUGCCCUGAAGGGAGACAUCAGGAAUGCUAGCAAAGCCAGGGAGCCUUCGAGCACCUCAAAGCAAACACCUGGACAAAAGC